AUGCGCCUUGUACGAUUGCGGGAUCGCAGAAGACUCAAACUCCAGAGCGUAAGUGCUCACGUACCUACGGAGACCGCAGAGGAUCUCAACAAAGACACGUUUUAUGAUGAUCUCAAUACGUUGAUAAGAUAUAAGAUACCAAGCCUGCAGGCGAUAAUUGUCGGAAUUGAUACGAAUGCGAAGGCAGGACUUCACCAACAAUCCGAAUGCAUGGGAAAUGGUUCAACCCCAUGGAGCAUACAUCGGACAUCUGAUGGACCUUUGCGAGCAGACAAAUCUCAUCAUUGCAUCCACAUUUAA